AUAGUUCCUAUAACAUAAAUAAGUAAUUAACAUUWUAUACUAACCUAUAACAUACUCGUACAACGACAUAUCGUUUAAAUACCUGGAAUCAGUUUUCAGAAGUUAUGCACCUAUAAAUAUUUUAUUUUAUUUAUUUUAUUAUGAAAAUGGAAAUUACCAUAUUUUUUAAAGUUUUAUUAUUUGGCGUUUCAUUUACCGUUUUAUGCGUAUACAACACAUCAUCACAACGAGUAGUAAAAAAUCUUGGCUUGAAUGAAGGUGAGAUAUGUCGGAAGGCCCUUAAAUCAGAUCAAAAGUAUGUGUGUACAUCUACAAGACGCUGCAACGCAUUCAAAGAAAGUAUUAGAACUCGUAAUUAUCUUGAUAUAUGUAAGUUCGUUGGUUUAAAGCCGAUAGUUUGCUGUCCAAUAACGGCUAAUGAAAUACUAAAAACUAAAAACGCAGACAGAUCAAUAUCUGCCGAUGAAAAAUGUUAUCAGUAUUCCAAAUUAGUKAAAAAUAAAUAUAGGCAUUCAUCUGUGACUGGUAAACAAUCUAAAAAAGAAGAAUUUCUACCCACGAUAAUAAUAAAUCGUAAACGUCGAGCUCUAAAACCUUAUCCAUAUUCAGUGGGUGGCAUACCAGCCAAAGUUCAAGAGUUUCCACACAUGGCGCUAAUAGGUUAUGGCGUCAACACGACAAAUGGAGAGGAUUGGAAAUGCGGAGGUUCGCUGAUAAGCAAAAGUUGGAUUUUAACUGCAGCGCACUGUCAAGAAAGUUCUGGRAAUGUGGCUCGUUGGGUUCGCCUUGGAGUUUUAGAAAGAGUCAUAAAUGAAAGCAAUACGGUAGAUCGGCCAAAAGAYUAUCACAUAGUGGAGCAUGUAAUACAUCCCGAUUACAAUCCACCUUCGCUGUACAACGAUAUAGCCUUAUUCCGUUUAGAAAGGAACGUCAUAUUUUCCGAAAAAGUUCGACCGAUUUGUCUCAACACUGAUCCAUCUUUAACACCGUUAAAGCAAAUAGCUACUGGAUGGGGACGAAUUUCAACGGCAGGACCACUUAGUGACAAUUUGUUAAAAGUGGAUUUGGAUAUUUUCUCGAUGAAACACUGCAAYGAAAGUUAUUAUAAYGAUCCAAAGUUAAAAUUUGGAGUAUUACCUGACAGUAUGAUAUGUGCGGGUUCGUUUGAUGGCACAAAAGACAGCUGCAUGGGUGAUUCGGGAGGUCCACUUCAAUUGGAACAUGUCAACUACACGGGUAUGUAUACACAAUACGGGAUUACAUCUUUUGGAAAAUUUUGUGGUGACAAGGAUACUCCAGGAAUUUAUACUAGAGUAGCCAAUUAUAUUCCAUGGAUUGAAAAAAUUGUAUUUUUAAAUAACUAAAUAAGUAUAAUAGAAUUUAAUUCAAUUACAAUUUUGAUGUA